CUCGUUUGCGGCUUUCCUUACGCUUGCCCACCAUGCAUCUCAUGUACACGCUUGACGAGAACGGGAACAGGGUUUACACCCUCAAGAAAAUUACGGACACUGGCAAGAUCACCAAGUCCGCCCACCCAGCGCGAUUCUCUCCGGAUGACAAGUUUUCACGUCACCGGGUGACGAUCAAAAAGCGCUACGGCAUCCUGCCGACCCAGCUCCCGAGCAAGCCUCUAUGAAGGACGCACGUCUGUGGUCUCGUAGAGACAGACCAGGUUCCUCUUGGCAGCGAGACAUCCGGCCGCGAUUCCUCCCACAGGCGGUGCGCUUCCUCAAGCGGGCCAUGGAAGAUAUUGGCCGAGGAGGGGAUAGGACGCCGGACAUACCACGGGCAUGUGUCGCUCGUAGCUUUUCGCCACACAUUGUAUUGUUACUACCGC